AAUCCAAUUUGCAUCCUGGUUUGCAGAAUGUCUUAAUUGCUGUUUGGCAACACCCAACUCUCAAACGUCAGUACUCAGAAGAUUGUUUAAAAUUUUAUCGAACGUUUUUUUUCGUAAAGAGCUUCUAAUAAAAUGGAACCCAUGGCCUUAGGUUCUCCCACAAGUCCAUCGUCAGGUACGGGAGUAUAUCCGAAUGUCCAGCAAAGUGGAGCACAAUAUCUGCCUGGUUAUUUAAUGGGUGACAUUACGAGCCAGGGUGGUGGUCGGCCUUUCCAAACUAGCCCUAUGAAAAUGAUGAAGGGGCCCUCAACGUCAGGUUAUCUAUCUGUUUCCCCUCCUUCAGCAUCAGUCCAGACUCCAAAGGCCAACAGGUUAAUUGGAAAAACUGACAAACCUGGAGGCCCACCUGUACAGCGUCUAUUUUCAGCUACAGGCCCAUCAACCCCUUCCACCCCUUCUGAUUAUCAUCACCUUCCCUCAACCCCCCAUGCAAAUUAUAGCGUAAAUUCUCAAGUUGACCAAUCAGACACAUUUGAAGAUUCUGAUUCUGGUACAUGGGUCACAGUUUUUGGUUUCCCACCCACUGCUGCUUCCUAUGUUUUGACACAAACAGCCAUGUGGGGACAUAUUUUAGAGCAUCAUAUUCCUUCACAGGGAAACUGGAUGCAUUUGAAGUUUGCCAGCCGCUUACAAGCUAGAAAAGCCCUAGCCAGGAAUGGCAGACUUUUGACUGACACUCUCAUAAUUGGUGUAGUUCCCUGUACUGAUGGGUCCAUUAUGGAGGAAAAUAGAAAGGAAAACAUGCCAGGUAUGAGCACUCCAGCCAUGAGAAUCACUUCAACUCCACAACCAGCAAUCUGGGAUCGAAGCAGUUCGUUUGCCUUGGGAACCAGUGGAACUCCCUCUGCUUUGGAUCGUAGCAAUCUUAGACCACUGACUCAGACUUACAAAGGAGCACAAGCUGAUUAUGAGGUUAACCAACAACGAACGACAGCGCAGCCCAACUCGAGUUUGGUUUCCAAAGCAAUGGAUUUUGUCUUUGGCUGGUAAAAUGUUCAAUGUAUUUAAGGAUAAGGGAUUGACAGGAUGCACCCUGUUGUUUUAACGAGUCUGUAUUCCGAUGGAUCAGUUGAUUAAAGAGUAAUUUGUGAAGAGACUUUGUCGAUGGAAGGAACAAAACAAGAAAUGAGUGUAAUUGAUUGGGGUCGAAACAAUUUACUUCGGGUCAUCCAGUGUGGCGCGCGCCAAGUCCGUCAGCCGUGGAUAUUUUACCUAAUAAAACGAAAUAAAACUAGUAGAAAUCUUCAAUGACAUGGAAAGAUGUUUAAUCUGCUGCAUCACAAUAAAAGACUGUCCAAUUCAA